AGCCGUCUGUCCCAAAAAAUUUUUGUUUGUAGAAAGAAAAAAGAGAAAUGCAUGUUAUUUCCUCUUUUUCUAACGCAGAUCAUAUUACUUGUAUUGCAAGAUCUUUUUUAUUAUUAAUCGUGUUUUUUAUAUUGGGUUGUUCUCCUGGUAUUUUUCCUUGGUGUUAUUGUAGGGUGGGGCGCCAGCACUGCCUCCAGUUGUGCGGUUGAACAAUUCAUGACUCGAAAUCCGUUUCCAACAGCUUUAAGCAUCUUAUCUAACACGGAGGAACAGGUUCAUCAAGGGAAUGUGUCCUUCUGUACAACCACGUUGACUGGCUACAAUCCCGAAUGUGGAAAUUUAUUUAACAUCGCUUUAUAUAUGUAUAUUAAUCCAUGACGGGCUGAAUGCGGUAGUACUGUCAAGUUACUGUACCAAAGUUUUUUAGAAGCUGAAAACUCCACUCGGGCUGCGGAGAGAGAAAGAAUGCUUCUUCGCAGAGACCAGCGUCCAGGGCAAUAAUAGAGAAUGAAGUCCUUCAUCAGAGGUGGAUGGUGGAGAUGGAAGUUCCGGAACAUUCUCUAUUCCAUUGCUGUGCUGUUGAUGUGUCUGCAGAAAACAGCAGUACUGAGCUGUCAAGUCGACUGCAACAAAGUGCUCACCGCCUCUUCAGGAUUUUUUACGUCCCCAUGCUACCCCAGCGAGUACCCCAAAAGUCAGGCCUGCAAGUGGACUCUGCAGGCACCAGCAGGAUUCAUCGUGCAGAUCACAUUCCGUGAUUUCGAGCUCGAAGAAGCUCUGGGGUGCAUCUAUGAUCGUGUCAUUGUGAGCAAUGGGAAGAGCGAAGUCACCUUCUGUGGCAUUACAGCCAAUGGCUUGAGCUUCAACUCCACCGGGAACGUAAUGAACGUAUCUUUUAACUCUGACUUUAGUGUACAAAAGAAAGGCUUCAAUAUCACUUACAGGCAAGUUGCUGUGUCACUGAGGAAUCAGAAAGUAUCACUUAAACAAAAUAAAGCAUAUAUUGAAAGCGCACCUCAAGUGACCAUACCUGUUCUUCGCCAGUUCACUACUUGCUUUGAGGCAGCAAAAUCCGGCAGAGUCAACAAAGACUGGAUGGUUUACUCCUACAUGGACUCUUCUUCUAAUGACAUUCUUACUUUCGUAAUAUCAGGCACCUACACUGCUUUAACUGUCCUGAACCAGACAUGCAUGUUAACAAACAUAUUGAGUGAGAGUGAUUUCUCAUUACAGAUGACCCUUUUUUGUCUUACAUGGGAUAGUACAACAGGGAACACUGCAGUGUAUACUGGAGGGAAUUAUAAAACCUCUCUUUGUGGAAAUACCAAAGGGAAGAUACCACAAAGCAAUGGGAUGUUUGUUCUCGGAUCCAAAAAUGGGAAUAUGGAUGCCUUUUCUGGAGACAUUUACAACUUCAGACUGUGGGAUUCUGCAAAGAGCAAACAGCAACUUUCUUCCCUCACCUGUGAUGUAAAGGGAAGCAUUCUUGAUUGGGAAAAUGAGUUCUGGGUUAUCCCUGCAUCCUACAUAAAAACAGACAGCACAUUGAGUUGUAUCUGUUACCCAAGUUGCUCACACUUAACAACAGCUACCCCAUCUCGUGGUACAUCUAUAGUUUCUCCUAGUGCUGCACCAACAGCUAGUUGUACCUCAUCUGGUCUUGGCUGUCCAGCCACUUUAACUCCUACUACAACAUCCUUUGUCACCACUAACAUGACUGAUACUAAUCCAGCAUCACACGGAAAUGAUACGCUGACAGAUCUUUGGUUGUCUUUCAACUUCACCGAAUCCGAGGUAGCGGGCUCUACCCCACCACAGUCAAGAUCACAUGUCAUCCAGGGUCCUAGGAGUUUGAAAACAUCCUUGGGGAUAAUUUCAACACCUUUAAUUUGGCCCAAUAGGAAGAAACCAGACAUUGUCACUCAGAGACAGGAAAAGCCGGUGAUCCAUCUGACUAAACCUCCGAUCACAGAUGCAAACCACACAACAGCCGUUCCCUCUAAGCCCAAAGUGGCCACAACACACUCCGUUGCUAGGAAAACAAAGGAGAUACCUCAUGACACAACUCAUUCAGAAGUGGCUUUCCCAUGGCAACCAAUGGACAGCCAGAACAGAAGUGAUGACAUAGAAUCAUUUCAGGCAGCUUCACUCAGUAAUCGCAAGAAUAAGCCACUAGUUCCAUACUGGACCCUGAAUACUGACAGCGAAAACAAAACACUGAAUUGGACAGAUGCUUCAGAAUACCCUUCUGGCUCUGAACCAGCUGUAUAUGACAUUGAAACUUUCAGUGGCAUGGAAACCUUUUCUUUCUAUGACAUGGAUUCUUCUUAUAAAGUAAAUGCAAGCUCAGUUUCUGUUCCUCAUAAUGCUUCCAAAAAUGCACCUAUUGUCACGAAAGAAGAAUUGAGCCAGAUGACUUAUUCUGCCAGAAGUUACUUGUUGGCAGAGAGCUCGCUUCGGGUUGCUCAAAGCCGCUUUGUAGAAAUCCAUCUUUUCAACAGGGUGCUUGAAGGGACAGGUGUGCAAACGCCUUCACAAAGACUGAGCACAAUCAGUCAGGCAACAGCAAAUAUGAACUUUCAAACCAACCAGGCUGCACUGCCAUCCACAUCUCUAGACUUCAUUCAGCAUUUAAGAGCUGAAUCACAGACACAGAUAUUAAGUUUCAACCCAUCAGGAGCCUCCGUGCCUCAUGGGUUGUCCACUGGCAUUAUACCCAACUAUCAGGAAACAGUAAUGUCUGUUUCUGGAAAAGAACACCAUGAAGAAAGUAGUAGUUUCGAUAACUUUUCAAAAGAGUUAACAAGAUCUCCAUUUCUAUAUAAAAAUGACAUUUCUACAUUUAGGAAAGAUACUGCCUACUUUGGCAAUAUUAAGAGUGAUGCAAUGCUUCCUAGCAAUUCAGUAACUAUUCAGCCUUCUCAAACUCUCACAGAGCACUUGAAAAAUUCAGAAGCUAUUUUAAAGGCAUCAGCAGGGAUUCAAAGUGAAGUAUUAAUAAUAGAACCAUCUAGGCCAAAUAUACUGCUCUUGUCAGAUAUGUCAGAGGUUUUCCCUUCUUUAAUACAUGAUUUUAUGGAAACAACCCUCACUUCUUAUGAUACAGAUUAUAGUUCCCUACUUCUUCCAUCCUUGAAACAUCAGUUAGAAUUCACUGGAAACUCCCAUACAGAGGACCAAAGACUCCCAAUAUAUCAAAGUUCAUUCCCUUCAAACCUGAAACCAGAUAACACAAUAAUCAUGUCAGAAACAAUUAGUGAUUCUGAGAUGAGUUUCUUUUUAUCUUCAGAACAAUCCAAUAUAAACAGUUCAACAGAGCUCCUUUUCAGCAGCUUGACAGGCUACAACAGUAAUAAUCCUUCAGACUCUGGCCUUAAAGAGUUGUCACCUAAAGCUCAUAUUUACUUCAGUGCUGUCACUCAUUUGACUUACAAGGCCCUCGAAUCAAUGAAAAAUGAAUUGACAGAUUUACAGUUUUUGCCUUUUAAUGCAUUUUCUAAAAUUAAAGGAGGGACAGCACAGUACACAUUUAGCACAGACUCCUUUCUAUCAGAAACCAGUAUCCUUCCAGAAAAUGUAUUUGAGGAACUGGCAAACAGUUUUUCAAUGAAUUUAACAACAGGAAUUAUUGAGGAUGAAAGUAUUUAUUCCAUGGUUCAAGUAUACUUGUCAUUUUUAAGUGCCUCUUCAGCUUAUUUAACAGGCAGGGCCCACUCAGAAUCCAUUUACUCUCUUACACUGAGGGAGAUAUCUACAUCCUUCCAUGGUCUACAGGGAACUCCAUAUAACGUUAAUGAAUUAGAAAAUGCUUCAAAGAAAAAAACAAUUGUAUCACAGGAUUAUUUCUAUAGUGGUGUGCAGCCUCCACCUAGCAGUAGUUUUCUCGGAUCUAGCAGUGCAUUUUCACACUUGAGCCAUGAGCUUCUGCAACAUCCAUACAUCAGCAGUUCCACUAAAACAAACUUGCAAAGCACUCCAACAAAUUUGAACUCAAGGAUUACUUCUCAAGGAUUACUACCUGAGAUAUACUCUGAUAUGACUUGGUAUUCACAGGAGUCCCAGUCUGUCAGUUCUGAAUCUUACAUGAAUCUCUCACAACUGAGUGAGCCGUUUCAAUUCAAAGAGCAAAAUCAAUUUUCUUAUCCUACCCAUCUUCUGGAAAUGACCUCCGUGGAACCCACUGCUGCUCCUCAGCACAUGGCCACUAUCUUCAAAACCCCUGUGUCGAAUGAAGUCAUUAUGCAAGAAUCUUCUAUCCUGUCAAUGAAAAUGCAGCCGGCAUCUGGCCCAGUGUGGUCUACCAGAUCUUCAGGAGCUGUAGAAAGUGAGUCCCCUGUGGCCAAAGAUGUAAUGGCUUCAUCUGAGCUGAAUCUUCUCCUAUCUGGUUCAAUGUUGGCAGGAAAUGUGCAGUUUGAGAUUUCUGCUGAAGAUGACAAAAGUGAUGAGAAAUGGGAUGAUGGACUUGUGCUUACUUCUUUGGAUCAGGAUUUGCCUAUGGCAAGUGCAUCGCUUGUUGUCCAGACACCUGCCAGUUAUGCAGAACUCGUAUAUAAUAAAACAUCAACAGAGGACCACCUGUCUGGCUCAACAAAGGAUCCUCAUAUUUUAAAUAUGUUAGGAAGUGGAAUCAGUGGAGAAAACAUUGACCUGCAAUUGGGAAAUACCACUGGAAGUCAAACAACAAUGGGUGUCACUGAAGUCACCCUGUGCCUAUGCAAAGAUCAUUUUGAUAAUUCAUGUCUUUGUGGAUUUUCAACCAGCAACCGUAUGUUAUAAAAAACACUACUAUAUAUAUGUAGUUUUGGACUAGUUCUUAGUACCAAUAAUAAAAUGCAGUAGUUGUUUUUUGUUUCUUUGUUUUCUUUCUGUAGUAUUCUGUAGAUUUUCUUAUAUCUAAUGGUGAGGUGAUUUGCUGUGCUUAAAUGAGUGGAGCCCAUAUAAAUUGAUGGGAGGAGGGAAAUUAAUCACAACAGACUACAAUCAAAAGCCUGAGAUUUUUUGAGAACUGGAAAAUGAUUGUUUAAAAUGCAAAAUCAGCUACUAAUCUUGAUUUCUAGUUUCCUUGUAUGCCAACUCUCAGGAGACUGCAUGUCAAUUAACUGUAUCUCAGUCAAAACAAUGGGGUCUUAUUUGGGCAAUUAAAGAAAAGUCUGUCAAUUUAUUUGAAAUCACUUAAAAUACUGAAGUCUCCUAAGAGUGAAAGAUUCUGCUUAGCACUUCAGUAGAGAUGUAAUUCAAAAUAGACUAACCUUGGAUGGUACUGGGUUGUCAUCUAGUGGUGACUGUGUGGCAUAGCAGCAGAGGACUAGUAAUUUAUGUUCUUUAUUAAAACAUUUGUUCCUAAGUUGACACCAGGCAAUAUAAUGCUGAUAUUUAUUUUGGUUACAUUUUACUGUAUCUAUUAACAUUUUUGUUUGCACAGUUCAGUUAUUAUAUAUUUGGAAUUAAAGGUGUAGUACAGUGGACUAUGCCUUGAAUACAUUAUUGUUUUAAGGGCUGCAGGCUUUGUCAUGAAAACUAAAGGUUAGUCUAACAAAUGAAUUGAUGGUAACAGUGCUGAAUGUUGUAGCCAUGUUAAAUACCUCUUUGAUUAAACCCUAAAUUAAGACUUAAACCCUUAUUACUAAAAAUAACGAAUCUUUAAUUUACAAAAUGUAUUAAAUUUUUGUGCAUAAUAAUAACAGUAGGCGUCUGGCUCCUUCCGAAUGCAUUUUUGCAUGCAGCAAGUUGCAUUCAUUACACAAUGAAUGUAAUGUUUGUUUUGCAUGCUUUUCUUUUCAUUUUGAGGGUGGUACACCCCUUGUUAAGCAGUCAUCCAGUUAACAUAUUUACUGCAACAGACAGGCACAUCUCAGAAACGUGUCUACUUUUUCACCUAGUAUUAAUACAAUACAAGUAUAAAAUACAAGAAACACAAUGAAUUACUAAACAAAUACUAGAUAAUUUACAAAUAUGACAUGGCUUUUAAAGAGUAUGCGUUUAGUAAAAUACUGUGCAUACUGCAUCUUUUGAACACCAGCAUUGAACACUACAUUGAGAUUUUUGUGAAUAAUGUUCCAAUACUGAAUGUGAGAGUGUUUUUUUACCCUCCUGCAUUCCUGCUAUGCGACACAGUGUAAGAUUGCUCAGACACAGACAUAUUCUUCUCAUUGGUUAAUUUCCUGUAUUUCCUUUUU